UUCUCUCUUUUGAAAUCCCACUUAUAAGCCAUGCCAUCAUCUUUCUCUUCUUCAAUCCAUCCCUCUUGUCAAUCCAGUGCAGUCAGAAGAUCAGCUAAGAACGUUUCUGUCUCUGCUGUUGAAGAACAACCAACUGAACCAAAACCUGUAGAUACCACUUUUGAUCCAAAGAUGAGGCCAACCCAAGAAGAAGAAGAAGAAUCCAAGAGGGUUUGUAAUGGUUCUUUGUUUAUGAAGGAGAAAGUAAUGAUCAGGUAUAGUGAGUGUAGGAAGAACCAUGCGGCGAACAUUGGUGGUUAUGCUGUGGAUGGUUGUAGAGAAUUCAUGGCUUCAGGAGAGGAAGGAACAAGUGGUGCCCUCAUGUGUGCUGCCUGUAAUUGCCACAGAAAUUUCCAUAAAAAAGAGGUGGAUGGAGAGACCAGCUUCUUAUGUGAUUGCUCAUCGGAUUCCACCACUCGGAAAUGACUUGAUUUCCCUAGAAUUCAAAUGGG